GGCAAUAUUGUAUUAUAGUUCCCAGGCAAGCGCUUAGUAGGUGUGUUUAACAAUGGAGGUAAUGCAAUAUCCCAGCAAUGGCGAAUUGAAGGAGGAGGUGAAGGGAUUGACGGAGGCUCUGAUGGCUGGUAAGGAUGUUACCCUUCACACGCACAGUAACGGAGUUAAUGGCUAUGGUGGUGAUGAUAGUAUGAAGGUGCAGAAAAGUGGAGUGGAAGAUGAAGAAAAGGUGUUGAGUGGGGAAGGGCACAAAAGUAGUGUUUAUCUUGACGAGGAUGGAGGAAUGUGGAGAUGUCGGGAUUGUGUAUGGACCUACCAAAUUGGGAAUCCUUGCAUGGAUGAUCAUAGUGAAGGAAAACCUUUCCAUUUCUCCAAUGGAGAGGCCAGUAACAUGAUGCCCUCUGCGGAGAUUGGAAAUGUUGGUGAACUUGGCAGGCUGGUGAGCGCUGCCCGGGGUGGUGGUGCGAUGGAGGAUGAGGUGAUUGAGCUGGAAUUCUUCGAUAGGGCGAUAGAUAAGUUGCACACACAUAGCGCUCAUUGCCCAAACUGCAAGAAGCCCAUUUCCAAAGUUAUUCUGAGGAUUAAGCGUGAAACAACAACUCCAAUUCAAACUCCAGACAAGAAGGAUUUUGAUUUGCUUGGAUGUCUAGACUGCUUCAAAAUUUUCCUUCCUGAUAAAACAGUAACCGACGAAAACAGGGGAAGCGCUGAAGAAGACCAACAAGAAUCAAACAAUGCAUCUGAAGGCAAAUGCUUUGACCUGCGUUGGUUUUUUGGAGGAACACCAAAAGCGCAGACUUCACAGGACCAACCAUCGGCGACCAUACCAUCUGACCAAGGGCAGAAGCCAAAUGAUGGGCAUUUAAUGGGAGAUAGUAGUGAUGCUAUUAAUUCAUCAUCCCAUCAUUCGGAUGGAACACAGAGCGCUUAUACUCAACAGCAAACCCGAGCUCCACCACCAGAAAUGAUUGACGAGGAUGUGAAGCAUGAGCCCCUGCAUUCUGUAAAGCCUUCCAGCAGUACCUAUCAGGGAGGUGGACUUUCAUCGGGAGGAGAUGUACAUAUUCCAAUUGAAGACCCAAAUAAAGCAGGAACUGGAACUGGAACCGAAACCGGAACCUCCACACAACCACAAGUUGAUCCACCUGAACCUGAAGAAAGAAGUUCAAAAUCAGUAGAGGUCGUGAAAAGCGUUGUGUAUGGAGGUCUGAUGGAAUCAAUCACAAGCUUAAGCGUGGUUUCCUCUGCUGCCGCAUCUGGUGCCACCACAUUGAACACUGUAGCUAUUGGAGUGGCAAAUCUCAUAGGUGGUUCUUUCGUGGUUGCACACAAUCUUCUGGACUUGAAAAUCAAGAGCCCUGAAGAAGAGUACAGCAAAGUGCUAGGCCAAAGAAACCACUUCCUACUUCACGCCAUUGUUGCCAUGCUAUCCUACCUCAUCUUUGGCCUCGCCCCGCCCGCGCUAUACGGGUUCACGUUUCGCCAGAGUGACGAUGGAGACUUGAAGCUUUUGAGCGUGGCACUGGCUUCUUUUGUGUGCGUCCUUCUUCUUGCCAUUGGAAAAGCUUACACUUCCGGAGCCAAUACGUUUAACCAAUACUUUGUAACCAUUCUGCAAUAUGCUACUGCUGCGGCUACCGCUUCUGGCGUUGCUUAUGCAAUGGGCCAUUUGUUUCAGAAGCUCAUGGAUGAACUUGGUUGGUUCACCCCAACCCCAAACCAAGCCACUCUUCUUCUUCCUAAUAUCAACUCGCAAAAUCCAAAUUCGGCUUUCUUUUGAUUCCUGGCAAUCACAAUCAUCAUGAUGCUCAAGUCUUCAGUUUCUAUGUUUUCAUGUUUUUGUUUUUUUCCAAACCUCAAGAUUCAUGCACGGAAAGUUGUUAGCGGUUUGGUUUUAUUGAGUUCAAGUGUUUAAUUGUAACUUUUUAAAAUUCAAAGAUUUUACAUUUUUCUUU